UCUCACCUGCCUUCCUCGCAGGCCCCUGAUGGCUCCUGCUUCCCUUCCCAGCCCAGAUCUGCAUGGCCAUCUUCAUAGGCCUCCUGUUCACAAGGUUCUGGCUCUUUGCCAUCCUGUACGCCACCUGGUGGUACCUGGACUGGGACAAGCCGUGCAGGGGGGGCCGGCCCAUCCAGACCUUCAGGCGCUGGGUCAUAUGGAAGCACAUGAAGAACUAUUUCCCCAUCUCGCUGGUCAAGACCGCUGAGCUGGACCCCUCCAGGAACUACAUUGCCGGCUUCCACCCCCACGGAGUCCUGGCGGCAGGAGCCUUUAUCAACCUGUGCACCGAGAGCACGGGCUUCUCGUCGCUCUUCCCGGGCAUCCGCCCCCACCUGAUGAUGCUGACCCUGUGGUUCCGGGCGCCCUUCUUCCGGGAUUACAUCAUGUCUGGGGGGCUGGUCACUUCAGAUAAGGAGAGUGCCGCUUAUAUUCUGGAAAAGAAAGGCAGUGGAAACCUGCUGGCCAUCAUUGUGGGGGGCUCCCAGGAGGCGCUGGAUGCCAGGCCCGGGGCCUUCACGCUGCUACUGCGGAACCGCAAGGGCUUCGUCAGGCUCGCCCUGAUACAUGGGGCAGCUCUGGUGCCGAUCUUCUCCUUUGGGGAGAAUAAUCUAUUCGACCAGGUGCAGAACUCUUCUGGCUCCUGUUUGCGCCGUGUCCAGAAUCGACUGCAGAAGAUCAUGGGCAUCUCCCUCCCGCUCUUCCAUGGCCGUGGCAUCUUCCAGUACAGCUUUGGUCUCCUGCCCUACCGCCAGCCCAUCACCACCAUCGUGGGGAAGCCUAUCGAGGUGCAGAAGACAGUGAGGCCCUCAGACAAGGAAGUAGACCAGCUGCACCAGCGCUAUAUGGACGAGCUUUGCAACCUCUUUGAGGCCCACAAGUUCAAGUUCAACAUCCCUGCUGACCAACACCUAGAGUUCUGUUGAACAUGUCCAGCCAGAAGAGAGCUUGCUCCCAGGGCAAGCCAGCGUUUGAGAGCCCAGCAAGACAUGCUGGGACCUGAGGGGGCUUCCUGGGUGUGCUUUUGAACAUCUCCAGAGCUUCCCCAGAGGCCUGCGAGUUGCCACAGCUGGCAACGUGGAAGAGGAGACCAGACUGCAAUCUGCGAGUUGCCCUCCUGCAGCAAAAGCUCUGCCAGUUUCCCUCUCCUUGGCCUCUGUAUGGCCCUCUUGGCUCAUCUAUGAAAUGGGAGAGAGGUCUGGAAGAAAAUGACUCCUAAGGUCUCUGUCCUCUGCUGUAAUGUCACUCAAAGAUUACAAAAGAGCAUGUAGGGAAAAAGAGUACAAUACUUUUCUUUCUCUACUCUUGAGUGACAGCACAAAAGAAGCCACCAACUCCAGCCCUUUCCCCAACUUACCCCCUCAUAUCACACCCUGGACAUCCCUUCCUCCCCCAGUCGGAGAGAAGGCGGUAGGCAGUGAGCCCCGGCACUCACCCAAUGCACCUUCAAGUUUUUGGGCCCUCUGAGCUGUGGAGUGGCAACCAGAGGUCGUUGGAAGGUAGGCAAAGAGAAUUCCACUCUGUCACUGACUAACUGACUGGAGACAGGCCUCCUCCCCCGACCCCUGCCCUCCGAGCCUCAGUUUCCCCAACUAACUAAGAUGACCUCUGAGUCUGACAUCACAUAACCUGGGGGCUCCAGGAGGAGUCCUCUUGCUCAUUCUUUGUAACUUCAGCUCCAGACCUUGACAGAA